GUCAGAAUGGGAAGGGCCUCCUAGAUCAGUCGAUUUCAGCCCCUCCCUCUGUCCCAAAUGGAGAAACUGAGGCCCAAGGGAGAAGGGUCGGGGGCUGGGGGAAUAUGUUGGUCAAGAGCCUACCCCUAAACCUUUCCCUUUCUCCCUCCCUGCUCCCCCCCACGUCAGUGCCCUUGGGAUGGAGUAGAAGGUCUAAAAGUCUGAUAGCCUAGGCGGGGUGCCACCCACACCUACCCUCACCCCAGCAGUGAUGGCGCAGGUGGCGUCCCGGGAACCUGACACCCAAGAUGAAUAAAUGAUGCGGACUCAACCGCCCGCAGCCAGAACUCUCCGCGGCCGCUGCCACUACCACCGUCACCGCCUGCCGGUGGCCAGGGGCAGUCACCUGGUAGCUCUGUGCAUCAGCCCCCUCUGCUCUCUGGACCUGUAGCGGAGUCCGCGGCAAACGGGAGAACAUGGCCGGGAGGCAGCGUGGCUCGGGGCGGCUCUGGGCGCUGGGCGGCGCCGCGCUGGGGGCUUGCCUGGCGGGUGUUGCCACGCAGCUGGUAGAGCCCAGCACGGCCCCGCCCAAGCCCAAGCCGCCCCCACUGACCAAGGAGACCGUGGUGUUCUGGGACAUGCGCCUGUGGCAUGUGGUGGGCAUCUUUUCCCUGUUCGUGCUGUCCAUCAUCAUCACGCUGUGCUGUGUGUUCAACUGCCGUGUACCGCGGACACGGAAGGAGAUCGAGGCUCGGUAUCUACAGCGAAAGGCAGCCAAGAUGUACACAGACAAGCUGGAGACCGUGCCUCCCCUCAACGAACUCACAGAAAUCCCUGGAGAGGACAAGAAGAAAAAGAAGAAGGACAGUGUGGACACGGUGGCUAUCAAGGUAGAGGAGGACGAGAAGAAUGAGGCGAAGAAGAAAGGAGAGAAGUGAGGGCGGCGUCCUGGAGGUGGCAGCCGGGGCUGGCAGGCCCUGAAGCAUGAGUUCAGGCCAGGAUCCAGGCAUCAGGACUCCGCGUUCAUACAUGGACGGCAGAGGCUGUGGUCCAGGGGAAGGCCAAGGUCGUGGGCAUUACCUCACGGCCCAAAAGAUGUAGGGACAAGACUUCACUAGUGUCCACCCUGGACUCUGUUCAUUUCACAUGGUCAGUCUGGGCACUUCUCAUGGGCCACUGUCCCUCCAUAGAUAUAGAGUGGCCUCAAACUCCUCUCCCCAUCCAGGCAAGCUUCUGUCCCACCCUUCUUGCCAGGGGCAGAAGUGGCUAUGAAGGAGUCAGGGAUUGGUCGAUGAGGAUGGCAGGAUUGAACAGAUUGUUCAACAACACAGACGGAGGAUUGGAAGGGGACUUGUGACAUGAGAGAUUCUCUGACAUAGCUAGACAGCCACCCCAAAGAGCAAGGAGAUUGCCCCAAGUUCGACGGUGAUCUGUCCUUGGCUUCUAGGGUGUCCCCAUUAUCAGGAGAAUCCCUGAUCUGGCAAAUGCCAAGCUCUGAAAACAAGGUGACAGCGUGACAGGGCCGAGACCACUGAGGGGCUGGCAGGAGGCCCAGGGCCUAAGGGCUUCUGGCUUAGGGGUGGGGUCUGAAACAUAGAAGAAUGAGUUGAGUGGGCUGAGUGAGAAAGCCUGGGUCUCCUCACGGGAACCAAGAACUACUCAAGACGCAGUGCAUGGGGUACGGACUACUGCGGUUGCCUUUUCUCUGGCCAGGACUCUGUCAGACCACGGCAGGAAGCAGUCAGCCACCAGUCUGCCGAACACAGUGGUAUGCAGGUCCUCUUCUGCCAUGUCCCUUACUUUAAAAAGCAUCUCUGCCAAGAAGACGAAUGAAACGCCAUGGAGGGGCUGGCUCGGAGAGGGAGAUGUACGAAGGCGCUUCUAGUGUCAAAAUGAGGAGCUGUGCCCGGAGCUGGGGACUGAGACCCUGGAAGACUUUCCCAGUGUGAAGCCUGCUAGAAAGGUGUCCUGAGGAAAUCUGUAACUAAAGCCAGGUGCCUUCUCAGCCCCAGGCGUAUAAAACUUCACCCUGAGAUGAACUUCUGCCCCGGUCCCACGCUUUGCCUGGUCCUUAAGGAUUCCUGUAAAAGUGACACAACACGAUAGGUGCCUCAGACAAA